AUGAGGUCAGACGUAAGCUUCGCCGUGCUGUAUGCACUGGUCCGAACAACCUCUGCCCAGCAGUCACCGUACGGCCAAUGCGGCGGAGCCGGGUGGACGGGACCGACCACGUGUACGGCCGGGUGGCACUGCGAAAAGACAAACGACUGGUAUUCUCAAUGUCUCGAGGGAACGGGCUCGCCCUCCCCAACUACCCUUCUGACCACGACCUCGAAGCCGCCUGUCACUGGCACAACAACUACUGCAUCCGCGUCAAGCUCCUCUCAGUUAACAAGCUCUACUAGAUCUUCUUUUGCCAGCGCCGCGCCCACGGCGUGUUCUGGCACUUUCAGCGACAUCUCGGGGGCGGACUAUGUCAAAGCCAUGAAUCCGGGGUGGAACCUGGGGAACACUCUCGAUGCUAUCCCCAACGAGGGAUCUUGGAACAAUCCGCCUGUCGUCGAGAAAACGUUUGAUGAUGUCAAGGCUGCGGGCUUCAAGAGCGUUCGUAUCCCAGUCACCUACAGUGAUCACUUUACCAGUGCAGCUCCCAACUACACCGUGGACGCGGCUUGGCUGCAGCGUGUGUCUGAUGUGGUCGACAUGGCCACCGCUCGUGGACUUUACGUUCUCACCAAUGUCCAUCACGACUCCUGGAACUGGGCGGAUGUGACAAAAGCAACUUCGGACGCGGACAUCAAAACCCUAAAUGACAAGUUUUACAACCUCUGGCUCCAGAUCGGCCGCAAGCUCGCCUGCAAACCCAACCUCGUCUCCUUUGAAGCCAUCAAUGAGCCCCCCGCCACAACCGCCGCCGACGGCGCACGUAUAAACACCCUCAACGAACUCUUCCUCAAGGCCCUUGCCGAUAGCGGCGGCUUCAAUGCCCGCCGCGUUGUCAAUCUCGUCGGGGGCAGCAUGGACGCCACGAAAACGACGCAGUGGUUCAAGGCACCCGUGGGCAUCAAGAACCCCUGGGUGCUGCACUACCACUUUUACAGCCCUUAUGACUUCAUCUUCUCAGCGUGGGGCAAGACGAUCUGGGGCUCUGAUGCCGACAAGGCUGCGAUGAGGAACGAGAUGGCUAUUGUUCGGGGGAACUUUACCGAUGUGCCGCUGGUCAUUGGCGAGUUUGACGCCAGUCCGCUCAAUACCGAGCCGGCUGCGCGUUGGAAGUGGACGGAUCAGUUUGUCCGUACGGCGGCGGAGCUGAAUACGGCCGUUGUGAUUUGGGAUAAUGGCCUGGACCACCUUGACCGCAACGCACAUGUCUGGCGCGACCCGACUUCGCUUGGCAUUCUCGACGCCGCUAUCAAGGGGACCAAGAAUUCCCUGCCGGACAGCACCAUUGACGCCUCGGCAACGACGCAGUUCUCGUCGGCGUACGUCUGGAACAAAGUCGGGACCGCGGCGGCGGACCAGACUCUGCCCUGGCUGUUCAACGGCAAUUCCUUGCAGAUAGUGACGACGGACACGGGGACCUCGUUGGCGGCGGAUAAGGAUUACACCGCGUCGGCCACAGCCAUCACCUUCAAGGCGGCGUUCCUGUCACGCUACUUGAAUGCGACCGCCGCGCCGGGGAGCAAGGCGAACCUGACGCUGGGGUUCUCGGCGGGAGCGACGUCGCAGGUGGAGCUGGUGCAGUGGGAUGUGCCAGUGUUGAGCGGGACGAGCUCCAAGGCCGUUGCGGGCGCCGACUUGACCAUCCCCAUCACCUACAAGGGAGUCAAGACGGUUGCCGCUGUCAAGGCGUUGCGGAGCGAUGGCGUCUAUUUGUUUGAUGACUGGACGCAGGUCCUUGGACCGCUGCAGCAGGCUCGUAUUACAUAUAGCGGGCAGUGGAACUUUGAUGGCGCCAAUGUCAUCCUGCCCUCCGCCACGGUUCAAGCGGUCAUUGCUGCUGGUAAGGCGACGACGUUUACGUUUGAGUUCUACCCGAGGGUUCCUGGAAAUAACGUCACGUAUACUCUGAACCCAUGA